CAAUACACCUCCUUUUGACCUUCCGGAAACUCUGUGACCCGCUCAGAAAAAAAUGGCCGACAGACACGAUCAGGUGGUUUCACCUGUCAAGUUCGAUCAUGCCACAAAGCCGCAUAUUGCAAACUUUGCCGAGUAUGAAUCCAUGUAUAAGCAGUCCAUCGAGCAACCCGACCAGUUUUGGGGCGGGCUGGCUCGUGAGCUCCUCGAUUGGGAGCGUGACUUCGACGCGGUGCGGACCGGAUCCAUGGCCGACGGAGACGUUGGAUGGUUUCACGGGGGCCGGUUGAAUGCCGCGUACAACUGCGUGGAUCGCCACGCAAUGAGAAGCCCAGGCAAGGCCGCCAUCAUAUUUGAGAGCGACGGAGGAGACGGCAGCAGGACCAUAACGUACGGCGAACUCCUGCAGCAAGUCAGCAAGCUGUCGUACACCCUCAAAGAUAUGGGCGUCAAGAAGGGCGACACCGUUACCGUCUAUCUCCCCAUGGUAGCCGAGGCAAUCGUCGCCCUUCUGGCCUGUGCCAGGAUCGGGGCUGUGCAUUCAGUCGUGUUUGCGGGGUUUUCGGCUGAGGCCUUCAGGGACCGCGUUGUCGAUGCCAAGAGCAAGGUCAUCAUUACAGCUGACGAAGGCAAACGCGGUGGGAAGGUGCACAGGGUCAAGGGGAUUGUCGACGAAGCCCUCAGCCAGUGCAGUGUAUCUGGUGUUCUUGUGCUCAGAAACACUGGCGCUGCUGUUCCGUUUGUCGCGGGACGAGACCGCUGGUGGCACGAGGAGAUGGCCAAAUGGCCUGGAUACAUCCCUCCUGAGAGCAUGCAUUCCGAGGACCCGCUCUUCCUCUUAUACACCUCCGGUUCCACAGGAAAACCGAAGGGCGUCCUGCACACAACGGGCGGCUACCUAGUCGGCGCCGCGGCCACAGGAAAAUACGUCUUUGACAUCCACGACAACGACCGCUUCUUCUGCGCUGGCGACGUCGGCUGGAUUACAGGCCAUACCUAUGUUGUGUACGCCCCCUUGCUCCUUGGAGUCGCCACUGUUGCGUUUGAGGGAACACCCAGCUACCCAACACCGUCUCGCUACUGGGACAUUGUCCAGAAGCACCAGGCUACCCACCUCUACCUUGCGCCGACGGCCCUCCGGCUGCUCAAGCGUGUCGACUCCGGGCGGGUCAAGCACUCCAUGGACCAUCUCCGGGUUCUGGGCUCGGUCGGGGAGCCCAUCUCUCCCGAGCUCUGGAAAUGGUAUUUUGAGGAGGUCGGGAAGGGCCGGGCGCAUGUUGUCGACACCUAUUGGCAGACCGAGACUGGGUCCCACGUUAUUGCACCGAUGGCCGGGGUCAUUCCCACUAAACCGGGCUCGGCAUCGCUCCCGUUCUUCGGAAUCGAGCCGGCAAUUAUCGACCCAGUGUCCGGGAACGAGAUCUCCGGAAACGGAGUCGAGGGGGUCCUAGCCUUCAAACAGCCAUGGCCGAGCAUGGCCCGCACGAUCUGGGGACACCAUCAACGAUACAUAGACACCUACCUCGGCGUAUACGAGGGCUAUUACUUCACAGGCGACGGCGCCCACCGCGACGAGGACGGCUUCUACUGGAUCCGCGGGCGCGUCGACGACGUGAUCAACGUCAGCGGCCACCGGCUAUCAACGGCGGAAAUCGAGGCCACGCUAACGGGCCACGUGGCGGUGGCCGAGGCGGCGGUGGUCGGCGUCCCCGACGAUCUAACGGGCCAGGCCGUGAACGCCUUUGUGAGCGUCAGCAGCAGCAGCGACCCCGCGGCGGCCGAUGAGAACCGCCAGACCUUUGUGCAAGACCUGGUCUUGCUGGUGCGAUCGGGCAUCGGACCCUUCGCGGCCCCCAAGAGGAUAUACGUCGUGCCGGCCCUGCCCAAGACGCGCUCGGGGAAGAUCAUUCGGCGCAUCUUGAGGAAGGUGGUUGUGGGCGAGGCGGAUCAGCUGGGCGAUAUUAGCACGCUGGCUGAUCCAUCGGCUGUUGAGAAGAUUAUUGAAGCUAUACAGAAGUCUUGA